AUGACAAGAGAAUUUUCAAAAUCGAAAAUAUGGACGAGCGGAAGAAUUCGAAUUGAGAUUUUUUUCAUAAAUGUUGUCACUUUUUCUUAUCUCAUAGGUCCCAUUAUUCUCGCUGAUCUCAUCGUUUUCUUUUUUGCUGAUCCCAUUCAUUCAUUUGUAUCACACCCCUCAUUUUCGUUCCGAUUUCCUAUAUCUACAUUUUAA